AUGGGAAGGGUAGUGGUUUAUGUCCUCAUAACCGUAGCCUUUAUUAUCUUCAUAACCUUUUCUCCCAUCAACAACCACGGUCGUACCACGCCUGGCCUCAACCGCCGUCUUGGUUCCAAAUUUUCAAUGCCAGAUUUUGAUCCAUUAGUUGUAAAAAUGCAGAGAUUUGCCGAGGAAAAAGGUUACACCGGCGAGGGUGAAACGAUAAAUUUGGAAAACAAUGGCUAUGCCAAAGAGGUUGAGGAUUCUGAUGAGUAUCUAAGUGAUGAUGGAAGGUUAAACAUUACCUUAAGGUUACUUGUUUUAUUCCCAUUGUUAGACAAGAAACCUAGAGAUGGGUUGAUCAGCUUCGAGGAGCUAGAGGCAUGGAAUGUUGAGCAAGCAAGAGAACGCUUAGCUUACAGGACACAGAGAGAAAUCCAAUCUCGGGACAAGGAUAGAGAUGGAGCAAUUGAUUUCAAGGAAUAUUUGCCUCAAUUUUCCAAUGAAGAUAUAGAGAGAAAUGAAACGGGGCAUGGUGAAGCGGGAUGGUGGAUGCAACAAUUUAGGAAUGCAGAUGUUGAUCGAAAUGGAACCCUAGAUUUCGAUGAGUUUAACAACUUCUUGCAUCCCGAAGAUAGUACCAAUAAAGAUAUCCAAAAAUGGAUUUUGAGAGAGAAACUUAAGCGGAUGGAUGAUGAUCGUGAUGGGAAACUCAACUUAGCAGAGUUCUCUAUGUACGCUUAUGAUGGUAAUUACAGGAGCUACGCAGAAUUUGAACCUAAUGUAGCUAGAUCAGUUCGCACUGCAGAAGAGAAAUUUCUUGAGCUUGAUGCGAACAAAGACAAUUUUUUGUCGGAGGAGGAGCUAAUACCAAUGAUCCCGUACCUCAAGCCUGGAGAACUAUCGUAUGCUAAGCAUUACACCAGCUACUUGAUUCAUGAGACUGAUGACAAUGGAGAUGGUUAUUUAUCCAUAGAUGAAAUGCUGAAUCAUGAAUAUACAUUCUAUGGGACGUUUUUCCAAGACGAUGAAGAUUAUGACGAUGAGUUCCAUGAAGAACUGUAA